AUGGCCGACGAAACCAUUGUAGAGUUGAACGAGCGGUUCGGUUCGGGGACCAAGGAUCUCGAGGCCGAUGUGGUGGCAGAACUCAAAUCCAUCAUGGGCAUGCACCAGUUGUCGGUGCAGGAUUUGUUCUUCAAAUGGGAGUCUUACGGCAUGAAGAUGGGGAUGGACGAUUUCAAGGCAUCCAUCGACCAUCUCCGCGCAUUCAAGCAGAACCUACAGGACGAACUCGUGCGGAGCAACCGGUCACAAGUGCACAUCAAGACGGAGAAGCGAGGGGGUGCCACCCCGCGGGUGGCCAAGGGGGGCGGUGAUGUAUUUGGGAUGCUGGAUGGGCUUGCAACACCGGGCGCCGGGAGAACCAAGACGAUUGGUAGGAGGACACCUGCAGUUUCGCGGGUGAAGGCCGAGCCAACUAGCUCCCCCCUGAAAAUGGAAGACCAACUAAACGCCCUGGGCGUAAUCCCUCCGUCAUCGUUCAAUGACAGGUCAAACGCCGGCGAAGUACUGGAGAUCCUCAACGAGAAACUCGAACCCGCCGAACCCCCGAUCUCUCCCUUCCCCGAACCCCGUAUCAAACUUACGGCCACGUCAGACCAAAAAAAACUUGGCUACAAAGGGCUGGCGAUGAAACUAUCAGAGGCAUCCGAAAUCCUGGACGACCGGAUAGACGACUUCAUCAGCCUAGUGACCGAACACCACAAGCUCGAAGACUCGGCAUUCGGGAGCCCCGCGAGCCAAGGAACCGCCGAGAUCGUGGCCGUCGGGCGCAUCGCAUCAGACUCCCCCGAAGGCAAACUCAACGCGGCCUCACUAGUCCUGGAAUCCUCAAGACGGUUGGGCAACGGCCUGCGCGUACCCCUCAACCUUAGCAAACUCCAAGGCUACCAAUUCUUCCCCGGCCAGAUCGUCGCCCUCCGCGGCAUUAACACCUCCGGCCGGGACUUCACUGUCCACCAAGUCCUCGACAUCCCACUCCUCCCCAACGCCGCCUCCGACCCGGACACCCUCGCCAGCCACCUCGCCCGACUGCGCGGCGGCCCGGACGCCAUGGACUCCGACGACACCCCGCCCCCCCCCCUAACCAUCCUCUUCGCCUCCGGCCCCUACACCGCCGACGACAACCUAGACUUCGAGCCCCUCCACACCCUCUGCAGCGAAGCAGCCGACAUCUACGCGGACGCCGUCGUCCUCACCGGCCCCUUCCUCGACGCGGAGCACCCCCUUCUCGCGGCGGGCGACUUCGACCUGCCCCCUGAAGCCUCCUACAACGCCGACACGGCGAGCAUGUCCACGGUCUUUAAAUACCUCGUCACCCCGGCCCUCAACCGCCUCGCGGCCUCCAACCCGUCCGCCACCGUCCUGCUCGUACCGUCCGUGCGCGACGUGCUCGCCAAGCACGUCUCCUGGCCGCAGGACGCCUUCCCGCGGCGGGAGCUGGGCCUGCACAAGGCGGUGCGCAUCAUCGGGAACCCGAUGACGCUGAGCAUGAACGAGAUGGUGCUGGGCGUGAGCAGCCAGGACGUGCUGUGGCAGCUGCGUCACGAGGAGCUCGUGGGGGGCGCGGGCUCCGCGGGGGAUGCGCUCUCGCGCCUGAGUCGCUAUUUGGUGGAGCAGCGGCAUUUUUUCCCGUUGUUUCCGGCUGUGGAUAGGAAGCGGUUGCCGAAGACGGGCGCGGUGGACGGGGCGGGUGGGGGCGUGCCGCCGGGGGCGAUGCUCGAUGUUAGUUAUUUGAAGUUGGGGGAGAUGGUGGAGGUGAGGCCGGAUGUGUUGGUUGUGCCGAGUGCGAUGCCGCCGUUCGCAAAGGUUGUGGACAGCGUGCUCGCCAUCAACCCUGGUAGCUUGUCCAAGCGGAAAGGUGCCGGGACCUACGCGAAGAUGACGCUCUACCCGCCGUCCCAGGAUAAUACUGUAAGCGGGGGUAUGGUUGCGCAUAUGAUAUUCGAGAGGGCGAGGGUGGAAAUAACGAAGAUUUGA